AUGUCGACACAGAUUUUAAUUAUUCUUCUUCUUACAGUAGAGUUGUUCUUCUCGCGGGUUCAAGGCGAAGCGCAUUUCUAUGAUUUUGUAGUCAGGGACCGCAACUUUACCAGGUUAUGUGAAACAAAGAGCAUGUUGGUUGUAAAUGAUCGUUUCCCAGGCCCAGAGAUACGAGUUCAUAAAGGAGAUACGGUUUAUGUUAAUGUUCAAAAUCAAGGUAGCUACGGUUUGACAAUUCACUGGCAUCGAGUUAUGCAACCAAGAAAUCCAUGGUCAGAUGGACCUGAGUAUAUCACACAGUGUCCUAUUCAACCUGGAACAAAUUUCACGUACGAAGUUAUAUUAUCAAAGGAAGAAGGAACUGUAUGGUGGCAUGCUCACAGUGAUUGGACGCGUGCCAGUGUUCAUGGUGCUAUUGUAAUCUUGCCUGCCGUUGGAACCACAAUUCCAUUUCCUAAACCUGAUGAAGAUGAGGUCAUCGUAAUUGCAUCCUGGUACAAGGGAGAUCUCCAAGCGCGGGUUGAUGAGGCUAUGGAAAAUGACGAGAACUUGCCCCAUUCUGAUGCUUACACCAUAAAUGGUCAGCCUGGGGAUCUUUGUCCUUGCUCCAAUGAUGAAACCUAUCGUCGGAAUGUGGACUAUGGCAAGACCUAUCUUCUUCGUAUAGUCAAUGCAAACAUAGAUGCAGAUAUUUUCUUUGCAAUUGCACAACACAACUUUACUGUGGUUGGACUCGAUGGAGCCUAUAUUAAACCCAUUGACACGACCUACAUACUGUUGAGCCCUGGACAAACGAUGGAUGUUCAGGUUCUCGGGAGCUAUUACAUGGCCGCGAGACACUUCUCGAGUGAGAAUGUGGCUGUUGGUGACUUCGAUCAUGCCAAUGUUACUGCAAUUUUAGAAUACAAUGGCAACUAUACCCAUCUGACAUCUCCUGUCUUUCCGAGUAGUCUUCCGAUGUACUACGACUUUGCAGCAUAUCAGAACUUCACAAACCGAAUUAGAAGCCUAGCCACACCGGAAUAUGCUGUACAUGUCCCAUUAGACAAUGAAAUUACUACCAGAAUGUUUAUAACAACAUCCAUGAAUUCUCUCUUUUGUGAAGAUUCAAGCUCAGGUUGUGAAACGAAACAAAUCAGUGCAAGCGUAAAUAAUAUCAGUUGGGAUAACCCAAGUACCCAUAUCUUGCAAACCUAUUACAGAAAUAUAAGCGGAGUCUACUCAGCAGAUUUCCCAGAUUACCCGCCUUCUUUCUAUAACUUCACUGAGGAAUCGUACUCGAUUGAUACGGUAUUAACAGUACAAGGGAGAAAGGUUAAGGUGUUGAACUAUAAUGAAUCGGUUGAGAUUGUAUUCCAGGGGACGAAUGUGUUAGACGGCUCUGUGAAUCAUCCAAUGCAUUUGCAUGGAUAUAGCUUUUAUGUGGUUGGGUACGGCUUUGGAAUUUAUGACAAUGCUACUGAUCCCAAAGGGUUUAAUCUAAUUGAUCCUCCUGAGGUAACUACAUUUGGAGUUCCCAAAAAUGGAUGGUUGGCAAUCCGAUUCACUGCAAACAAUUCAGGAGUGUGGUUUUGGCAUUGUUAUAUGGAUAGACACCUGACUUGGGGUAUGGAAGCUGCUUUUAUAGUAAAGAACGGGGACACUAAUGAGACUAGCAUUCGCAAACCUCCAACUGACAUGCCUCUAUGUACGAUCCCAUUACAUUCUGGUUUAAAAGACUUCCCGGAGAUCAUUACUACAAAGAAAGGGGACUACUUAUAA